GUUAACUUGACAGCUCACCACACCGCUACGUGCGUGUGGAGCCUGCCAGGGCGGCCAUAAAGAAUGUGCCAACCAUAGCAGGUGCCCCUACAACUGAUUGUUUGGCCACCAGAAGCGCUUGGGAAAUGUCUUCUCCACCUCCUCGUGUGGGAGCUGGCUCCCUCGGUGGUGUAGCGUCCGCGGAAAAGAAAACCUCGCCGGGCCCGACUGCAGUCCGCACGAGCACGGACAAGCGCUCUAUGGAGCUGACGCGUCAGCCCACCAUUCUUCGGAUGCCAUCGCAAAAGCGGCAGGACUUGUUUGACAGCGAAGAGUUCGACCCCGUCAAGCUUGUCAACACGCUGUAUCCGGAUGAGGGCAGCUUGACAGACCUGGACCGAUUCAUCGUCGUGUUGAAGAAGCAGAUUCAGUCGGUGGACCAGGAGAUCUUCAACGCGGUUCGCUCGCAGGGUGGAGCUCAUGCACGCGCACGUCAGGACCUGUCGGUGGCGCACGGCCAGAUCCAGGAGCUGUUCACCAAGGUGCGCGACAUCCAGCGCAAGAGCGAGGAGAGCGAGGCCAUGGUGCAGGAGAUCUGCCGCGACAUCAAGAAGCUGGACUACGCCAAGAAGCACCUCACCAACUCCAUCACCGCGCUACGGCGGCUGGCCAUGCUCACGGCGGCGGUGACGGACCUGGAGAGCGUGUGCGACCGUCGCGACCAGUACCGCAAGGCCGCCAACCUGGUGGAGGCGGUGCACCAGCUCAUGGAGUACUUCCAGCAGUACGAGGCCAUACCCAAGGUGCGCUCUCUGGCCCGGCGGCUGGCGGCUGUGGAGUCCAAGCUGCAGGCGGCGGUGCUGGACGACUUCAAGAUACUGGUGGGCGGGCCGCAGCAGGACACGUCCAAGAUGCCGCCUGAGAACCUGGAGCGACUGGCCACCGCUUGCCUGGUGGUGGACGCACUGGGCAAGAAGGUGCAGGACCAGGUGAUGGACUGGAUGUGCGAGCGCGAGAUGAACAUCUACCAGUCCGCAUUCGGCGGCGCCGCCGGCAGCGGCACGCUGGCGGCGCAGCAGGCCGACGACCGCGGCGCGGCCGAGGUGGCGGCGCACGCCACCCGGCUGGACAAGUUCGAGCAGCGCUUCGCCUGGUUCAGGCAGCGGCUGGACGCCAAGCGGGAGCUGUGGGGCGUGUUCCCGGCGCACUGGCGCGUGCCGCAGAUGCUGUGCCUGACGUUCUGCAAGAUCACCAAGGCGCACCUGAAGCGCAUCCUGUCCGACGAGGAGGCGCUUUCGGGCCUGCGCGCCGACGUGGGGCCGCUGGUCAAGGCCGUGGUGGCCACCAACCGCUUCGAGCGCGACAUGGCCACAGCCUUCGGGGGCGGAGGCGGCGGCGGCGCGGGGCGGCAGGGCGGCGGCGAGGAGGGGGAGGACGAGGAGGGCGCUGCGGACUCGGUGUCGGCCAGUGAGGCGCGGCGGCGGCUGGAGAAGUUCCGGGCGCGCGUCAAGGCGGAGCAGCAGGCGGCGGCGGCGGCCAAGGACACCGUGGCCAAGGCCGGCGACAAGGCGCGCGAGGCGCAGGAGGAGGCGAUCAAGGUGGCGUUUGAGGGCGCGGUGUCGGAGGCGUUUGAGAGCGCCCUGGUGCAAUACUACAUUGGACAGGAGGAGCGCGAGCACCUGGAGCACCUGGACGUGGCGGUGCGGGAGGAGCGCUGGCUGCCGGACGAGGAGGAGGGCGACGUCACGGGCAGCGGACUGCGCGUGCUGCAGAGCGCCAACAAGAUCUUCUUCAAGAUCCGCGCCAGCCUCACGCGCUGCGCCAAGUCCGUCAGCCGCGGCCCCACGCUGGUGGCGCUGGCGCAGCUGUUCAAGCGCGUGCUGGGCGGCUACGCCUCCGACCUGAUGCGGCGGCUGCCGCGAACGGCGGCGGGCGGCACCAGCGCCACACCCGCGGUGGUGGGCGGCAGCACCGACUGGUACGUGCGUCUGUCUGAGGAGGACGAGCGGGUGGUGUGCUGCCUGCUGGCCACGGCGGAGUUCUGCCGCGACACCACGGAGGGGCUGGCGGGCGCGCUGGCCAAGGACGUGCGCAGCCAGUUCGCGGACCGGGUGGACUUUGCGGACGAGGAGGCGGCGUUCCAGGGGGUGGCCAGCGCCUGCAUGGCCGUGCUGUGCCUGGGCCUCAACACGCGGCUGGACGGCGGACUGCUGGAGAUGAUGCGGCAGCGCUGGGACGCCGUGGAGGCGCCCGGAGACGACUCGCCAUUCGUGGUCAGCCUGCGCAAGGUGCUGCUGGACGCCGGGCCGCGCCUGGGCACGUGCCUGGACGCCGCCAACGCCUCCUUCCUGUGCGACAAGGCCGCGCGCAUGUUCGUGCCGCGACUGCACGAGGCGCUGUUCAGGCUGCGGCGGAUCAGCGACAAGGGCAUGCUGCAGCUGGCCAUCGACAUGGACAGUCUGCGGCGGGCGCUGCUGGAGCUGCCCAAGCUGGUGCAGCCGCCGCCGCCCAGGAACCCUACACACACAGCCGCGCAGGAGGAACAGGAGGCGCAGAGGGACCCCAUGCCCUCCUACACCGCCUACGUGGAGCGCGAGAUGGGCAGUGUGGUGGCGCUGGUCAAGGUGCUGCAGAGCCGCCCCGAGUCCCUGGUGGACACCUACCUGCUGCUCAUGCCGCCCGCAGCGCAGUCCGCAGCGGAGUUCCAGCGCCUGUGCGAGCUAAAGGCCCUCACGCGCAAGCAGCAGACAGACCUGCUGGCCCUCUACCAGGCCAGGGCCGCAGGCCAGGCCGCAGCCGGCGGAGCCGGCGGCGCGGGCGGCGCAGCCGGUACCGCGGGCGGCGCGCGCGGCGGCCCCUCAGUCGGGGGUUCGCCGGGUGCGGGCGGCGCUGGCGGCGGCGAGUCGGGGCUGGCCUCGGCUGCCGCCUCCAACUUGGGCACAUUCAAAAUGAGCAUGAACAACUUCACGCGCGAGCUGGCGGCGUCCAUUCCCUUCGCGGGCAAGCGCGGUGGCGGCGCGGACGUCAUUCCCGGCUCGCCAGCAGCCGGGUCCAGCAAGUCGCUGUUCUCCAAGACGGGGCCGGGAGCUCCCAGCGGCCACUUCCGCACCGGCAGCUCGGAUGCCAACAGCGCAGCCAGCGGCACCAGCGCCUUCUUCAAGGAGACGGCCGCCAAGACCAAGGAGGGAUUUGCAAAGAUUGGCAACUUCAUCCGCGUCGCAAAUGCGCUGUCGGGCGACCACCGGCCAGGCGAGGGCGAAGGGCAUUGAGGCUGCUGCCGUGAGCGGGGCGGGGUCGGGGAAGGAGGCCCGAGGAGGCGGCUUGUUGCGGGGCUGGUAAGGCCGGUUGGAGCGUGCAACCGGUGCCAUGCGGACGAGUGGAUCUGAAGAAGUAUGUAUCAUGUACAGACGUAGUAUAAAUGUAAAGUAUUACCAGG